CGGGGAAGGAACCUCGCGACCCCGGUUCUCCGACCGGAAGUCUGGAGGAGGAGCUUAGUGUCGCGGGCGCCGGAGGGCCGGAAGUUGUGCUGUGGCUGGAUGGGGUUCUCCUACCUGUGGUUCCCCGUGGCUCUGCUUCCAGGUUAGAAAGACUCCGCCACCUGGUCCUCGCCGCCGCUUCGCCUUCAGACUUCCGAGAUGUCUGCGAUUCCUGCUGAGGAAAGUGACCAGCUUCUGAUCCGACCCCUUGGAGCCGGGCAAGAAGUCGGAAGAUCAUGUAUUAUCCUGGAGUUCAAAGGAAGAAAAAUCAUGUUGGACUGUGGGAUCCACCCUGGCCUAGAGGGAAUGGACGCCCUUCCUUACAUUGAUUUAAUUGACCCAGCUGAGAUCGAUCUCCUUUUAAUUAGUCAUUUCCAUCUAGAUCAUUGUGGAGCUUUGCCCUGGUUUCUACAGAAGACAAGUUUCAAAGGAAGAACAUUUAUGACUCACGCCACAAAAGCUAUUUAUAGAUGGCUUCUCUCGGAUUACGUCAAAGUUAGUAAUAUAUCAGCAGACGACAUGCUGUAUACGGAGACAGAUUUGGAAGAGAGCAUGGACAAGAUCGAAACCAUCAACUUUCAUGAAGUGAAAGAAGUUGCAGGAAUCAAGUUCUGGUGUUACCACGCAGGCCACGUCCUCGGGGCCGCCAUGUUCAUGAUUGAGAUCGCGGGCGUGAAGCUUUUGUACACAGGUGAUUUCUCAAGGCAAGAAGAUAGACACUUAAUGGCAGCUGAAAUUCCGAACAUUAAACCUGACAUUCUCAUUAUUGAGUCUACGUAUGGGACCCACAUCCACGAGAAGCGUGAAGAGCGAGAGGCAAGGUUCUGUAACACGGUUCACGACAUUGUCAACAGAGGGGGCAGAGGCCUCAUUCCUGUCUUUGCCCUUGGAAGGGCUCAGGAGCUGCUCUUGAUCUUGGACGAGUACUGGCAGAACCACCCGGAGCUCCACGACAUCCCCAUAUACUACGCGUCGUCUUUGGCCAAGAAGUGCAUGGCGGUGUACCAGACGUACGUCAACGCCAUGAAUGACAAAAUCCGCAAACAGAUCAACAUCAACAAUCCCUUUGUGUUCAAGCACAUUAGUAACCUCAAGAGCAUGGAUCAUUUUGACGACAUUGGUCCGAGUGUCGUCAUGGCCUCCCCGGGCAUGAUGCAAAGCGGCUUAUCCAGAGAGCUCUUUGAAAGCUGGUGCACGGAUAAGAGGAACGGCGUCAUCAUAGCAGGGUACUGUGUGGAAGGGACACUUGCCAAGCAUAUCAUGUCUGAACCAGAAGAAAUCACUACCAUGUCUGGACAGAAGUUACCACUGAAAAUGUCUGUUGAUUACAUUUCUUUCUCUGCUCACACAGAUUACCAGCAAACCAGUGAAUUUAUCCGUGCUUUGAAACCGCCUCACGUGAUUUUAGUCCAUGGAGAACAAAAUGAAAUGGCCAGGUUGAAAGCAGCCCUGAUUCGAGAAUAUGAAGAUAACGAUGAAGUUCACAUCGAGGUUCAUAAUCCUCGGAAUACAGAAGCCGUGACCUUGAAUUUCAGAGGAGAAAAGCUAGCCAAGGUCAUGGGUUUUUUAGCAGACAAAAAACCAGAACAAGGCCAGCGGGUCUCUGGAAUACUUGUUAAAAGAAACUUUAAUUAUCACAUACUUUCUCCUUGUGACCUCUCCAAUUAUACGGACUUGGCCAUGAGCACCGUGAAACAGACCCAAGCCAUUCCGUACACCGGUCCUUUUAAUUUGCUCUAUUACCAGCUACAGAGGUUGACAGGUGAUGUGGAAGAAUUAGAAAUUCAAGAAAAACCUGCUCUGAAAGUAUUCAAAAAUAUCACUGUAAUACAGGAACCAGGAAUGGUGGUGUUAGAAUGGUUGGCAAACCCUUCCAACGACAUGUAUGCGGACACUGUCACCACCGUGAUACUGGAGGUCCAGUCAAACCCGAAGAUAAGGAAAGGUGCAGUCCAGAAGGUUUCUAAAAAACUGGAAAUGCACGUCUACAGCAAAAGGCUGGAGAUCAUGCUGCAGGACAUAUUUGGAGAAGACUGUGUGAGUGUAAAAGAUGGUUCCGUUCUCAGUGUCACAGUGGACGGAAAAACUGCGAAUAUAAACCUGGAGACACGGAAAAGCCGCUCUCUCGUUUGCACCAGCAAGAUCCAGGCGGCUCUUCCGGACGGUAGGAUUCGAGACCGUGGGGCUGCUCUGGUCUCCGGGCACGGACCCCGCACAGACCGUGGAGUGCGAAGAAGGAAGCGAGGACGACGAGGCCCUGCGGGAGAUGGUGGAGCUGGCCGUGCAGCGGCUCUACGAGGCCCUCACGCCGGUGCACUGAGCGCGGCUGCGGGCGCUGCUCGACGCUGCUCGACGCUGCUCGAGGCUGCUCGACGCUGCUGCUCCCGCUUAACGUAAAAUACAGGAGUUUCUCUGGACUCCCUAGCUACCUGCGGGGUCAGACGGCCCCCAUUCCAACGGCUUAAAUCCUGCCCGUAUUCCAGAACUACCCAAUAAAUUGCCUGUUACUUUAGA